AUGAAUGCGAGCAAUGGUGAGGAGCGAAUCGUUCACGAAGUUGCUCUUGUGGUUCCUAAGAGGAUUCGAGAAGAAGAAGAAGGAGACAGUAUUGAAGUUUUGGUGAUUGAACUAAAGAAGAGAGGGAUGGUUGUUGAUAGAGUCCUUGGUCUCGCUGAUGAGUUUCUCAAGGUAGCAGCACCUUCGGAGACCUUGGAGAGUGCAGCAGCAGAGCUUCAUAUACGUAAACCUACUCAUCUUGGAAUGGAACUUCCCUUUGAGAUGCAAGGCUCUGAUGCUUUCAUUCAGCAACCUGAUGGGUCUCUGUUCAGUUGGUUUGAACGUUUUCGUUGCUAUCAACACCUUCUUUAUGGAAUUGUAAAUUGUUAUGGACAUGACGUUACACUGAAACUUGACGGCAGAGAGCUUUGUUGGGCAGCAGGAGAAUCAUUAGUUAGAAGGUUGGAAUCAGAGGGCGUCAUUAAACAAAUGUUUCCUUUGCAUGGUAAAAGCCAUUUAAUAUAUCUUUGGUUACAAGCAGUCCAAACUCUAGAAUUGUUGAAAAUUCUCCUGAGAAAACAUUUGUUCGUAGAUGAACUCAAGAGGAAAGAACUUCUCAAAACUUGGGCGUUAAACUGGUGGAACUUAACAAACCAACCAAUUGAUCAGAUAUACUCUUACUUCGGUGCAAAGAUUGGAGUCUACUUUUCCUUCUUGGGAAUGUAUACGCAGUGGUUACUAUUUCCAGCCUUGCUCGGUUUCAUAGUGCAGAUGGUUGAUUUUGGGUCCUUGCAGUAUCUUGUUCUCCCAAGUUUCUUUGUCAGUACAACACUCUGGGCUGCCUUGUUUCUUCAGUUCUGGAAACGUAAAAACUCUGCUAUGUUAGCUAGAUGGCAGAUAAACUGUUCUGUUGGUCCCAGUCAGAGAUUUCUUGGAAUGGAAUGGAGCUCUCUUCCCUUUCCAAAGGAGCUUACAAAGAAUCUAGGAGAUGAGAAGUUCAAAGAGAAGGAACCAUAUCAAAGAUAUGAAUGGUUUGCUUAUCGCAAGAGGUUUAGGAAUGAUGUUCUUGUUAUCAUAGGCAUUAUCUGUCUCCAGCUUCCAUUUGAGCUUGCGUAUGCUCAUACUUACGAGAUGAUCACAUCCAACAUAAUCAAGUUUGUGUUGAUGGCUAUCUACCUUUUAAUCAUUCAGUACCUCACAAGGUUGGGAAGUAAAGUGGCUGUCAAGCUGAUAAAUCGAGAGGUCAACGAGAGUGUUGAGUAUCGCGCUAACAGCUUGAUUUACAAAGUUUUUGGGCUCUAUUUUAUGCAGACAUACAUUGGGAUCUUCUACCAUGUUCUGUUACACCGCAACUUCGUGACACUUCGACAAGUAUUGCUCCAACGGUUAAUAAUCUCACAGGUUUUCUGGACCUUUAUGGAUGGUUCUCUGCCUUACCUUAAGUACAGCUACAGAAAGUUUAGAGCUAGGUACGCCCCUUUAUUUCAUUCAUGCACACAGUGUCAGGAAUCUUCAGCAAUGUCAAAACUGCUUUCUUUUUUUUACAGGAAGAAGAAGAGAAGUGAAGGUGGAGAAUCAAUGGGAAAAAUACAAAUAGCCUCAAGAGUUGAAAAAGAAUAUCCCAAGCCUAUAUAUUCAGCAAGCAUUGGUGUAGAACUUGAAGAUGGACUAUUUGAUGAUUCACUCAAACUGGCCUUGCAGUUUGGAAUGAUCAUGAUGUUUGCUUGUGCCUUCCCUCUUGCUUUUACCCUUGCUGCAGUGUGUAAUAUAAUGGACAUAAGAACAACUGCUUUAAAGCUAGUGGUCACAUUGCAAAGACCUUCUCCUCGUUCUGCAGCAACAAUUGGAGCUUGGUUAAACAUAUGGCAGUUUCUAGUAGUAACGUCCAUAUGCACAAACUCGGCGCUCUUGGUAUGCUUAUACGACAAAGAAAGAAAAUGGAAGAUGGAACCAGGGCUGGCUGCAAUUCUCAUCAUGGAACAUAUACUCUUGCUUCUGAAAUUUGGACUCUCUCGUCUUGUCCCUGAAGAACCUGCUUGGGUUAGAGCCAAUCGUUUGAAGAAUGUGACACAAGCACAAGACAUGUACAGUAAACAGCUCUUGAGAAGCAGUGAGUCUGCCUCCACGGUAAAAUUUGAACAAGAACAAAAACAACAAGAAGAACUGAAGCAAUCUUGA